AUGAACGACGCAAACCGUGCGAUUCUGAUAAUCAUCUUGUUUCUCAAGUUUGUUUUCUUCGCAAUAACAUUUGCGAUGGCAACACCUCGAGACGACUCCCGAUGCAGUUUAAAUCAACUGCCCGCGGUCUUAUGUCUAGUAAUCUGCGGUAUAGUUCCUGCCGUCUUCUUAAUUCGAAAACAUUCGGAAAGACGGCGGAUAUGCAUAUGUCUGGGCAUCUUAAGUGUUAGUAUAUGGUACAGUGCAUUUAUUAUCAAUGCGUUGAGCUGGGAUAAGAGUGGUUAUGUUUGCAUUUCACAGGUUGCACUAAAUACGUGCUUCUCUGUGUCCUUUUUAGGAAAGUUUUGA